AUGGAAAAUGGCCUUUAUCUUAGUCAUCACAAAGAACUGUCUUAUUCUCUUAAUCCUUACACAUCUGUUUUGAAGAGAAAUGCUCCUACCAAUAGCAUGAUCAUUUCAACUUUAUCUAAUGACAGUGGGAGUUUUAAAAGGCUAAGGAGAACCCCAAGUCUUGGUGAGUCUUUUGGAAGCAGCACUUUUUAUAGUACUGAUAGCAGCAGUGGUGGCAGCAGCAAUUGCAGUUUACCAAGAAUUGGUAGCACUAAUAGUGUGAAUAGCUUGUCAUUGCAACCAGGGCUUCAUUUUCGCGAUCAUGUUUGGGCAUUGAACCAAAGGUACCUUGCUGCUGAGGCUAUUGAAGAGGCAGCAGCUGAUAUAAUUAAUCAGGAGGAGGAAAAUGGGGAAGGUAUGAAGUUAGUCCAACUUUUAAUUACUUGUGCUGAAGCUGUGGCUUGUAGAGAUAAGUCCCGUGCAUCCGUGUUGUUAUCGGAGCUACGUGCCAGUGCAUUAGUAUUUGGGACCUCUUUCCAGCGCGUAGCGUCCUGUUUCAUGCAGGGGUUGGCUGAUAGGCUGGCUCUGGUGCAGCCGCUUGGCACGGUUGGUUAUGUUGCUACCCCUGCUAUGAAUAAAACAGACAUUGCCUUGGAGAAGAAAGAAGAAGCUUUGAGGUUGCUUUAUGAGACAUGCCCACAUAUUCAGUUUGGUCAUUUUGUGGCUAAUUGCUCGAUAUUGGAAGCCUUUGAGGGAGAGAGUUUCAUUCAUGUGGUUGAUUUGGGAAUGAGCCUUGGUUUGCCUCAUGGUCACCAAUGGCGUCGUCUUGUUCAGAGUCUUGUUAAUUGCCCUGGACAGCCCCCACAUCGCCUUAGGAUCACUGCUGUUGGACAGAAUAUCGAGAAAUUGCAAAUUAUUGGAGAUGAGCUUGAGGACUAUGCAAGAAGCCUUGGUAUAAAUUUGGAGUUUUCAGCUGUGGAAAGCAACUUGGAAAACCUUAAACCAAAGGACAUCAAAGUAUACGAUGGCGAGGUCCUCGUGGUUAACAGCAUUCUUCAGCUCCAUUGCGUGGUGAAGGAAAGCCGCGGUGCUCUCAACUCUGUUCUGCAGGUAGUUCAUGAACUUUCUCCAAAGAUUCUAGUCCUUGUGGAGCAAGACUCGAGUCACAACGGACCCUUUUUUCUCGGGAGAUUCAUGGAAGCUCUGCAUUAUUACUCUGCUAUCUUCGACUCCCUUGAUGUCAUGCUGCCUAAGUAUGACACCAGGCGAGCCAAGAUAGAGCAAUUUUACUUUGCAGAGGAGAUUAAGAACAUUGUGAGCUGCGAGGGACCAGCAAGGGUGGAAAGGCACGAGAGGGUGGACCAAUGGCGUAGGAGGAUGAGCCGAGCAGGUUUUCAGGCAGCACCUAUUAAGAUGGUGUCACAAGCCAAACAAUGGCUUGCUAAAGUGAAUGGACAUGAAGGAUUCACCAUCACAGAAGAGAAGGGUUGCUUGGUUCUUGGAUGGAAAUCGAAGCCUAUCGUGGCUGCCUCUUGCUGGAAAUGCUGA